CUACAUUUGUCCUUCUAGAUGGUAGUGGGCGUGAGAUUGAAAGGUGUUGUACCAUCCAUUCAGAUGAUUAUUUUUUCCAAUCUCUGUGUCACAACCAAAUCACAAAUGGUGUAGAGUUUGUCAAGAGUAAGUAGCCAUACUCGUUUUCAUUCGGAAAAUAUAUUUCAAUAAGACUUAAAAAUUCAUGCCUGUCGCUCUGAAGGUUAAUGUUCUGAAAAUGUUUUAUUUGGCAGUUUGGAGCUGCCUUACCUGUUGAUGUAUUGAGAUUUGAAGAAGAAACAUUGACGGCAAUACUGAGAGUAAAAAGCAGUGGCCUUGUGAAGCUGUGGAGUGCACUGACCCUGCUUGGAUCUUAUCAAAAUCAGAAGUGUGCUUUCAGAGUGAUGCAGGUCUCGCCAUUUCUUCUUGCACUAUCAAGCAACAGUAGAGAAUUUGUGUUAAACUGAGGUCAUUGACAAUUAACAGGUGUUUAAAGUGACCUGCUCUAAGAAAUGCCUUUUUGUGCUCAGAGAGUUAUUCUUAGUAUCUUUCAGAGCCCAUUAAAGAUGGGUCACUGGCACAUAGACAGCAUGUUGAUGCCACAAAAUGCUUUUCUUCGGACUGUGCAUCUUCAGGUUGGCGAAAGAGCUGAACUUACCAAAGCUUUUUCCCAGAGUGAUGUAUUUACCUUUUCAGAGUUAACUGGUGAUACAAACCCAUUACAUCUCAAUGAAGAUUUUGCCAAAGACAGCAAGUUUGGAAAGCUAGUUGUACAUGGUGUACUGGUUUGUGGAUUAAUGUCUGCUGUUCUGGGAACCAAAAUACCCGGAUGCGUUCUUCUGUCCCAGGAACUCCGGUUUCUAGCACCCUUGUACAUAGGUGAGCAGGCCUCAGCAAUUGCAGAUGUUGUUAAAAUAAGGAGGUCAAUCGCUUGGAUUACUGUUUCAUGUAUUGUCAAAGAGACUAAGAAGGUUAUAAUGAAGGGGGAAGUGAAGAUCAUGUUGCCAGAAAGUAGAGAUCAAAACGUAUGACUUUAUUAUUGAAAAUGAAAAAUAACUUGGAAAAAGCUUUAUUUGGACAUACUAGUAUUUGUAAAUGGAUGUUCUAUGGAAAUGAUUGAAGAUUCAAGUAAUUUGAAAAUGGAUAUUAUUUCAAACAAUACUCAUUGGCUGAUAUGUUCGUAAUAAAUACCAAUGAUUGUAAAAAU